AUGUCCAAAUUGAAUAUACCUAAAGAACUAAAACCUGCUAAAACAGAUGAACCUAAAACAAUCUUUUAUUAUUUGAAAGCUGCAGAGUCAACUAAUGAACAGACAGAAAGAAGACUUACAGAAAAGAAACCUGCCAAAAAAGAUGUAACAAAUACUAGUGAAUACUAUUAA